CAGAAACCGUCAUAUUUUCCGUAGUUGAAUUAUUAGCGCAAUCAUGGCCGGUCAAAUACAAUUGUUUUUGUUCUCGGCGAUCAUAGCGUGCAUGGUGCAUAGUGCACCUCUUACAGUCGAACAGAGCCCUAUAAUUGCCGAAGAUGUAGAAAUAAGGGCAAAUCUUGACAAGACAGUUGAUGCUCUGUUGCCUUCCAUACGUGAGUUCAUCGUGAAAAAAGGAAUGGAUCCUAUGAAAAUCGCCGACAUUUCUGAAUAUAUUUUCCCACUUUUGCCAUGGAAACUCAAGGGAAACAUCGACCUCAAGAACGGAUGGAUGCAAAACUUGUCGCUGGUGAAGCGCACCGAACACGUGACUGCAAUAUAUAAGGACAAACGCCUGACAUUGGAUAUGAAUUUGGGAUUUGACCUUAUGGACUUUAGCUACCAGUAUUCUCUUACGCAUUUAUUAUACAAGAGACAAGGUGAUGUGUACGGUCGUAUGUACCAACUUAAUACCAAUGUCGUAGUGACGGUCGAUCUAAAUGAGUACAUCUUGAUUCUCGACUCCAUCAAACUUACUGAUGUCGGGAGAUACGACAUAAAAUUCGAGGGUCAUCUUUUGGACCAUCUUCUGAACGCCGUGACUAAAGUAGUCACAGUGGUUUUCAAAAGAUGCAUAUUAACGGUCAUUGAGGAUUACUCCGCGUUGGUCUUCGGCGAGAAAAUCAACGAGUGGAACACAAUGCUCCCACGGCAAAAUCGCACGGAGAUAAUAGACAAGUGGCUGGACAUUGUGAGAACUGGCGAAGUUAAUUAAUUAAUUCCUCUUGUUGUAUAAAACAUUUGAUAUUUCGUACAUCAAAAAUACAAACCUCAAUUAUGCAUUUU